CUCGACUGGACGCGAAAGCGCUAAACGCUGAGUGGGUGAUGCGAAGCCAGCCUCCACCAGGAUAUUUACUCUGCCCAUCCUCCUCCACCUUCCCGCCCGCUCCAACACACCCACCCCCGACCAACGUUUCUCUUCCAACUGCCUUCUUUCCCGUCCGUCUCGUUCACUGGCGCUCUCACUUGCUAUUGAACCCUUUGACCCUCCCCCUCUCAUUCAAAAGUCCAGAUCUCGCGACUCGCGCCGUCUGUUGCUUUUUGCGUCGCCGGCUACUCCCACCGUCAUCUGUCCUCACUCACUCACCCAACUCAACUCACCUUGCCUUUCGCCCAACGCGCGCGCUGUCGCCCGCCCGCUGCACCUACUUGACGCGUAAGAAAAAGAAUAAAAAAAAAUAAAAAAAAAUGCCAGAUCAAUCUUUCGACAGCAGUGUCGCCGACCAUCCCAGCAGCUCGACCGGCUACUCGUUCCUGCCGUCCUCGUCGCAGGACACGCAGCUGCUGCCGCCGACGCUGCCGUCUUACUACGACGACGCGACUUUCUCCCGCCGGCGCCGCAGAAGGACCUCGCCGCACGACCAGGCCAUCCUCGAGCAGGAAUACCGGAAGUGCACGAAGCCUGACAAGGCCCAGAGGAGGGAAAUCUGCAAACUGGUGCAGAUGGGGGAGAAGGAAGUUCAGGUAUUUACACACGCCUCACCGUCGCAUCAAUCCAUCCGUCUGUCCGUCACGUCGCGUCCGUCACGGUCGCGCGCGCGCGCCACUGCUGGCGCCGGCGCUACCACUGCUACUGCUACUGCCACUGCCGCCGCGAAUGGGUCCAUUGGGGGUUCUGGAUGUCUUGUGUGUGCGUGCUUGUCGGGGAGCGGGGUGCGGCCAGUGUCGCGCGUGCGUGGAGCAAUCGCAGUCCAGUCCAUCGUGGUUUCUUUAGCGUGUUCAUUCGUGCGAAAAGGGCCAGACCGACGAUCGCGACGUGACUUGUAGAAGAAAAACCCUCUGGCGCGGGGAAAAUGAGAAGCAGAGAAGCAGAAAAACAGGUCCUGACAAUUUCGUGGGUUUGAUCUUGCAGAUUUGGUUCUGCAAUAAACGCCAGGCGCAACGACGACGGGCAACACCUCUGCAGCCUCACGAGAUGGUUCCCAAUAGCGCGCGUCGCAGCUCGAUGGCGCCCUCGUCACAGCUGUCACUCGUGUCGUCGUCUCCAGGAUUCGAUCGAGGCGGCGUGGGGCUCAGCAAUCCCGCUAGCGACAAUAGCGUGUCGUCAGGAUUUCCCAUGACAAGCAGUCCCUACGCCGCCGCCGCCGCCUCCACAGGACCAAGCCAGAGA